AUGGCCGAAUGUGCACCCGGUGAUGAGAAUAUUUUUACUACAUCAACCACGGCGCACAUCCUGAAGCACCAUCAGCCUUUUGAUGAAGAUGGUAUGACCGAAUGUGCACCCGGUGAUGAGAAUAUUUUCACUACAUCGACCGCGGUGCACAUCCUGAAGCACCGUCAGCUGAUUUAUUUUAUCCCGUUAUUAUCUCUGGAUGGGGGAACCAUUUCUUUAGCUGGGAUAUAUUUGGUUUUUGUUAAGGAUGUUUAUGGUAAAGUAACGGCCAUUCUACUUCUUGCAGAAAUGAGUACUGACCAACAGGCUAAGGGGAAGGAAGAAUGUUGA